AUGAUUUAUGGAUGAAUCUGGUCUUUGAUUGAGCAUUGAUUCUUUUCGGUUUUUUUCACAAGAAAACAGAAUUGUUUUUAUUCUUUUGCUAAAUAUUUGAUUUGAUUAUUUGACAUUUUAUAUUUUUAUUUCAAGUUAUUUUAAAUCGACAUGGCUUCAUAUGAUAGACAAAGAUUACGGCUGAAACAAGAGCCAAUUGAUAAUUGGUCAACAAGGGAAAAACUUGCAUUGGCUACCGGUGUACAGAAGAUUGGAAAUCAAAAUUGGGGUCCCAUUGUUCGUCAUUUGAAAUCAUUUUCCGAAAAAAAUCGACCAUCAGAUUGGUUUAAUCCUAAAUUCUGUGCACUUCAAUACAAUGACAUGUUUGAUAAGAUUGAAGCUCCAAAACGUAAACGUGGAGAACGUGGUGAAGAAACUACACAAGAUUUAAUAGUAAAAAAAUAUACAACCGAAAGAAUGGAAGAAUUGCAACAAGAAAUGAAACAAAAAUUUCGAGAGAUUGUCAAUUUAAAUAAAAUUUUAGAAAAAUUAAAAUCCUCAAAUUAUGAUAAAAAUUAUCUACGAGAAUUAUCAUCAGAUAUCAAGAAAAGAGAACAACAAAAGAAAGAUGAUGAAGCAGAACAUCAAAAAUGGUUAUCUGAACGUGAAAUGAAAUUGUCACAAAUAUCGAUGAAAUUCCGGACUGGAACAACGCCCAUUAGACAAUCAGCUAUCAAAAGUGAUUCGGUGAUUUCCAAAGAUAAACAAACAGCAACAAUAGCCACUGAAAAAACUAAUGAUGUAAUUGAAAAAGAAAAAUUACCCGAUAAUGAAAUUUCUGACAACAACACAGUAUUGGACGAUAAUAAGAAUGAAAAUAUAAAUGAUGUUUCGAUAAACAAUGAUACAUUGUCCGUUCCUUGUAGUGAAGAAAAGCAAGUUACAGUUCUUUUACCGAAAAUAGAGAACAGUUCUGAAGAAUAUGUUUUGGAUAAUACUAAGAAUGAAGACAUCAAACAAUCGAUUGAAAUCGAUGAGAAAACAAUGGAAAAUUCUGAAAUGAAUAAUGUGACGAAAACUGAUUCAAAUACAAUCGAAACAGUAGCCGUCGAAGUCGAAGUCGAAUCAGAUUCAGCAUCAAUUAGUAAUAAUAAGGAUAGUGUUGAAGUUAUAAACAACGAACCUCCUACAAGCAUCACUUUGGAAAUGACAAAUGAAGAAUCUUGUGAAACCAACGAAACAGUUUUUGAUGAUGGAGUUGCUUCCUCAUCAGAAACUAAAUUGGAAGAUAGUGGUAGAGUUUCAUCUAUGGAAUUAAGAGAUCAGAAAAUUGUUCAUACUGAAAUCAAACAUGAUCCUCAUAAUGAUUCAUCAAUGGAUAACGUUGAAAGUCCUGCAACAAAUAAUAAGGAUAAUAAUGAAAAUUCAAUAAAAAUCGAUUCCGAACAAAAUGAAGAGAAACAUACGGUAAAAAUUGAACAACAACCACAACAAGAUCAAAAUAUGGAAGAUAUUUCUACACCGUCUACUGUUACAAAUGAUAAGGGUAAUAGUAGCCGACGAAAACGACGAAGACUUAAUACUAGUGUAAAUAAUAAUGUUAUUCAAACACGUUCAACGCGUUCUACUGCUCAUAUUGAACAACAAAAUGAACCAAUUGUUACAUUGAAAAAAGAAGAUGAAAUUAUAAAACAAACAACAAAGAAAAGAACCUCUUCGACCAAUGAAGAAUCAUCGAAUACAUUUGUAAAUUACAGUGAAGAAUCGAACGAUUCAAAAAGUGUUACUUCGGAACCAGUUGGAUCAACACGAACAUCAGAUACGAACGAUAAUGAUGCCAAAUGGAAGAAAGCAUCUUCGGCCAUAAUACGAGCUAUACAAAAUCAUCGAUUGGCUUCAUUGGUUUUAAAACCAUUCGAAAAUAAUGACGAAUAUCGAGAUGCCAUCUGUCAAGAUAUAGAUUUGAAUGCAAUCAAAAAACGUAUCGAAAUUGGACAAAUUCGUAAUGAAUCAGAAUUUAAACGUGACCUAAUGUUAAUGUUUACCAAUGGUAUUAUUUUGAAUACGGAACCAAACGUAAUCAAAAGUUUAUUGGAAUUUGCUAAAGAAACAAUAGAUCUUUUUGAAACGAAUGAAACAGCUAAAAUUAAGACACGUGAUAAAUAUCACAAUAAUACACUUGAAGUAGAUAAAAAUUUACGAAGACAAACAAGAGGUUCUGUAAUGAAUGAAAAUGAAAAAUUGUCAAGAUCUGGAAAAAAGAUGCCAACAUAAUCGAAUUAUAUAUGAUGAUGAUGAUGAUAUGAAAAUUUUAUUGGACCAUUUUAUUUUAUUUUAUUUUAUCUUUCAUAUAUUUGCAUGUUUCAAAAUAUUUUCAAUCGUCAAAUUCUAAUUAUAAUUUCUUCAUAAUAUUUUUAA